UUUGCGUCUCGGGGAGAAAAAAAAAGCUACAGUCCACAAGGACCGGGAACACCAAAAGAUUAAUUUAUCACUAGAUAUGUUCUGUGUCUCCUCUUCUGAAAGGCUCACACUGACUGCUCAGCAAAUGUUCAGUUCUGCUCAGGCACCAAAAGAGGCACCCUUUCUUCCCAUCCCACCACCAAAAGACUAUGAGGUUGACAGUAAAUUAAUUGACAGUAACCAUAACUUGGUGGCUGCUUCCUGACUGGUGGCCUUUAACAUUUGUGAGGCCAAGCCACACAAAACCCUGGACCAAUCAUAGAAAAGACACGUCAUCAUCAUGGACACAGACUCUGUCCACUCUGGUCACUCUCAGCACUCUCGAGGAUCAAACAGACACAGCGAUCGCAGUAAAGACCGGCACAAACCACGCAGUCAUGAUGGCAGCAAUCGAUCCGACAAGAAUGUUACCAUCAGCAGCCUGUCUGCGCACACAGGAGCGACAGAGCAGACUCCGGCUAGCACAGAGCCUCAGGAUGAUAACUGGGCCGAGACCACCACAGCCGUGACCGGUACCUCAGACCACAGUCUCUCUCAGGAGGAGCUGGCCAGUUUUGGGAAGGAGACAGUGGGUAGUGUGCAUAAGCAGAGCUUUGUGCGUUUGUUGCCCCUGGCCCUGACACUGCUUCUUGGACUGGUGGUUCUUAUCACACCACUAGCCUUUGUGGUGCUGCCACAGCUGCUGUGGGCUGAGCGUGUGCAGUCAUGUGGAACAGCCUGUGAGGGCCUCUUCCUCUCUCUUGCCUUUAAACUACUGAUCCUAAUGCUGGCCGGCUGGGCCCUGUUCCUGCGUCCACCCCGGUCCACCCUGCCUCGCCUGGCUGUUUACAGAGCACUCCUCGCUGUGCUCACUCUACUGCUCCUGCUCUCCUACUGGCUCUUCUAUGGAGUGCGCAUCCUUGACACACAGGAUGAGAAUUAUCAUGGGAUAGUGCAGUUUGCUGUGUCGCUGGUGGAUACUCUGCUGUUUACACACUACCUGGCCGUGGUGCUGUUGGAGGUGCGGCAGCUGCAACCAUGCUUCUGUCUGUGUGUCACACGCUCGACUGAUGGAGAGACACGGCACUACAACCUGGGCCAGCUCAGUAUUCAGAGGGCAGCUCUGGUGGUCCUGGAGCACUACUAUAAGGAUUUCUCGGUACAUAAUGCCGCACUGCUAACUGCUGCUAAAACCCGGACAGCCAAGCAUCUGGCUGCUCUAAAGGUCUACAAUGUAGAUGGUCCUGGCAGUGAUGGUGCAGCGAGUCAGUCUCGUGCCAAAAUGGCUGCUGCAGCUCGAAACAAAGACACCAGCCACAGCGAGCUUUACUAUGAAGAAGCCGACUACGAGAGAAGAGUCCGGAAGCGCAGAGCAAGGCUGGUGGUGGCAGUAGAGGAGGCGUUUACACAUGUGCGGCGGUUGCAGGAGGAGGAAAAAAAGAAGCCACCAGGAGACGUGAUGGAGGCACGUGAGGCUGCACAGGCAAUUUUUCCCUCAAUGGCACGUGCGCUUCAGAAGUACCUGCGAACAACUCGUCAGCAGCAUUGCCAUAGCAUGGACAGCAUCCAGAGCCACCUUGCUUUCUGUAUUACCAACAACAUGAGUCCCAAGUCAUUUCUGGAGAGCUACCUGACUCCUGGUCCCACUCUGCAGUACAACAGUGAGUGCUGGCGUGCUCUGCAAUGGACUCUGGUCAGCGAGGCAUCAGUCACCAGCCUGCUGCGUCAUGGCACAGAGUUCCAGCUCAAAAACAGCCACUUCUGCCUGGUGGUCAACAGCAAGGCUAUCCCGCAGCUCAGAAUCAGCGAGGAAUACGUCCACCCAAAAUCACACAAGUUUGUGCUACAAGUUCAGUCAGAGACCUCCGUCUGACCCUCUGCUUUGUCUGUCACUUUUAUACACAAAAAAACUCAGAAACAGUGUUUCUUUUUUCACUUUUUUUAGAAAUCACGUUUCUCAUAUUGGACAUAUUUUGAUAUGCAGCAGUGUGUUUCUUUUUAAAAUGAAAAAAAAAAGUAUUUAUGUACAAGACAGAUACUUGUAUUUGCAAGUGUGAGAGUGUGUGUUUUGUGUGUAGGUAUGUGUGAUGUGCAGUGUUUAAGAACUAAAGGCUGCUGUUUAUUAAGGGAGGAAUCAAGCAGAAGUGUAAAACCAGAACUGUGAUCAUUAGGAAGUGCUGUCUUACAGUAUAUGUCUUGUAGCUUUCCAGCCAGUCAAACAAUAUAGACAGUUAGGAAGGAGGAGCGACAUUAGAAACAUUACCUACAGUUCAAAUGUAUUUGAAACGGUGAAUGAUUUUAAUACCACAUUUAUGUAGAAGACAAGAGACAAGUGUCAUCAUAGUGCACAAAAAACUCCUCAAGACUUUUGUCAUUUCUGUAAUUUAAUCAUUAUGCUGAAACUACAAACCAUGUAGGACACACAACCCCAGGAAUGCUGCCUAAACCGUUUUGAUAAACCAUUUGAUUUAAGAGGGCUUAAAACUUUUUCACCAAAAGGAUCAUUAAUAAAUCGAAUGCCGCACUACAACUACCUAAUAAACUUUUACAGCCCAUAAAACUCUUUUAUACAUGUAUUUAUAGGAUUAUGAAUUUGUUUUAUUCCCUGUGUCCUUUUUGUGUGAUGGUAUAUGAUGCGACAUGUGACAUGUUUGUGGGUUGACCAUUUGUGAAGAAUUAUGCAGCCAUCACCUUAUCCUGCCAAUUUCUCUAACAAUAGGAAAAAUGUUUUGUAAAAUUGACCUGUUUAUUUUAUAUUGUUUACAUUAAUAUUUUAUGUGUACAUAUGUCUGUGUAAAUUUAAUUUAUAUAUGUGCAAACAUCUUACUGUAACUUGCAUGUAUAUAUUCAUAUAAAGGUAUUGAUUUUUA